AUGGCAUUUUGGAUAUUUUCAUGGACCGCGUGGAUUGCGUGGAUUAUCUCUAUUAUUCUUACCUUAGCCAUAAAUUGGGAUGAUGACAUUAUUGCUACUCCAGAAGAAUUAAGUCUUUCUUAUUAUGGUCCAUUAUGGACUUAUUUUGGUAAUAAAACUGAAAAUGUUUCAAUCUUUCAUUCCCGUGAGUAUAUGGAAAAACGUGUGGGCAAGCUCAAAGACAUUGAUCCGGAAAGAAUUUUCAAUCAUAAUUAUUUAUCUAUGACGGCUUGGCUGAAGGAAUAUGCUACGAAAUAUCCAAACAUAACCUGGUUAUAUUCAAUUGGUGAAAGUGUGAGGAACAAAACAUUAUGGGUAUUGGCCAUUUCAAGAAGUCCUCAUAUCCAUAGGCUUGGUAUUCCAGAAAUCAAAUUUGUUGCUAACAUGCAUGGAAAUGAAGUUGUAGGCCGCGAAGUAAUGCUUUAUCUUAUUGCGUUGUUGUGUGAGAGUUAUGGAAAGAAUGAGUACUUGACGAAUUUAGUAAAUAACGUGCGAAUUCAUAUUAUGCCUUCAAUAAAUCCAGAUGGUUAUGAAUUAAGUAGCGAAGGUGAUCGUUCUGGAUUUACUGGUCGUUCAAAUGAUCACGGUGUAGAUCUUAAUCGGAAUUUCCCUGCACGUUUUCCUUCACAUCGAGAAAUGUCUGGAGGAGUGUUUCUCGAAAAAGAAACGUUGGCAGCAAUCAAAUGGUUCCGACAGUACCCAUUUGUCCUUUCUGCUAAUUUCCAUGGAGGUUCGUUAGUAGCUAAUUAUCCUUACGAUGACUCAACGACUGGACAGGACAAUAUUUAUUCACCAACUGCAGAUGAUCGACUUUUCGUAGCUUUAGCAUACUCUUAUGCUCGAGCACAUUCUAAUAUGUGGAAAACCGGUCGGAGAUGUGGAUUGAGUGUUGAUGGUGAUUUAUUUCUGAAUGGUAUUACAAACGGUGCACUGUGGUAUCAUGUGGCUGGUGGAAUGCAAGACUGGCAGUAUAUCAAUACAAAUUGCUUGGAAAUUACCAUAGAGAUGGGUUGUUACAAAUUUCCUGAAAGAAGGAUAAAAGGAUUUGUACUUGAUCAAGAGGGAUAUCCAGUAAAAAAUGCCGUGUUAUCGAUUGAUCAAGGAAAGAAUAUAACAACAACGGAUGAGGGCGAAUUCUGGCGAAUUCUGCUGCCUGGUAUAUACACGGUGUUGGUUAGCCAUCGAAAGUAUUUGCCGCAAAUUUUCAAUAUAACCGUGGAUGAAGGAUCUGCAAAAGUCAUCAAUGUCACAUUGGAGCAGAAAUUCUGCAGGGAAAAUAUUGAUAGUGUUCGUGUAAGAGGAGAAGGAGCAAUACGCAUUGCGGUGUUUGGGGUUGAUUCAUUGGGGAAGUCCAUCGUCCAAGAAUUAGCAAAUGUUACCUGCUUACCGGAGGAUUUAUUUGUUCCAGUACUUCAGCAAUCUACAUUACAUUUACUCCCAUCAUUGUCAGCAGAACAUGCUCUUUAUCUGAAGGAUCAUGAGCUAGAUGUGCUAUUAUUGUUUGGACAAGGAUUACCAAAAUCAACAUUAUUUAGCGCCGGAAUUAACACUCCCGCUCAGUUCGAUCAAAAAAAGUUUGAUGAUAGUUUAAUGGUAACAUUGAAUAAUGAAACUAUUAGCUGUACGAAUCAUAUGCUGGACAGAACGGUUUCAUCGAUGAUUGAUGCGUUAAAUAUACUGAAAACAUUUCAACUAGGUGUCUCAUUAGGUUGUAAUCUUAGUCAGCCAGAAUUAACGCUUGCGACUGUUGCUGCUGUUCUACAGACUGUAGUAAAUGUUUUUGUUGGUAUGCAAGAUCUCGUAACAGAAUAUUCGACGACACCAUCUAUUGAUUUGGCAGAUUAUUUCUCGCCAGCAAAGACGAUUGAAGCAACUAGCCUACAAAGUAUCGAAGAAAAGAAUUGCGCCUCGAUGAUCAAUAUUGGUUUGAUGAAAGCUAUAGUAUUUGGUAAUGGCCGUAUGCCGUAUACUCUUGUGAUGGCUAUUGAACAGAAGACGUCAUCGAUGGUUUAUGAAUUUGCAGCGGAUCUUUGUGCGAAAUCAUUACAAAAUCAAAUUAUUCGUGAACUAAUGAAUACAUCAACGUUAAUUUUGAUUCCGAGCAUACCAUAUAAGCAGUUAUACUGUUAUGAUUAUAUGUCAGCGAUACAGUUUAAACCAUUCAUUGAACAAGUUUUGAAUAUUUAUCCUCUUAUCGAUUAUGCCAUACUAUUGGGUACAGGUGGGAUGAAAGUGCGCUAUACUGAUGCUUCCGGACUGGGAAGAGCGAAGGAUUUGGCAUUCAAUUAUGUCUCGUUGCAUUCAUUAAUCAAACCGACUGGAAAUGAAAUGUGUAACAGGAAUGAUUUUAUACCACAACCAACUAUAAGUGAACUGCGUUGGAAUGGGAUGGAGUGGCGAAAGGUACCGGAUAUUCUGCUUAUUCAGACAGCUUGUUGUUAUGAGGAACGCGGAACAGGACAUCUUUAUGCAGAAAAUAAGGCUUCACUUAUAUCGACUCUUUCUAAGAGAAUACAAGGUUUAUCGGGUACUAUCAAAGGAAUCUAUGGUGAACCAGUGAAAGCACCGGUAAAGGUAACAGUUGGCAAUUUCGUUUUUUAUACAAAACAUGAUGGUUAUUACUAUAUUUGGUUAUCGCCUGGAAUUUAUAUCGUUGAUGUACACAAGGAGAAUUAUCAUCCGUACACUUUCUCUACUGAAGUUGGUCUAUAUCGAUUAAGUGUUGUACACAGAAUGAAAUCGAUAAAACGAUGGGGAGAUGGUUUUGAGCGUCUUCCAUUGAAUGAUUUCGAUUCCAAUGUAUCCGAUGAUGAUGAUAUUCUUCUUGAUUCGACCAAAUCACCCCUUCAGAGGCCAUAUUGA